UUAAUCUCAGGGAUGUUUCAUCAACCCACAGGGAAAAGAAGACGAAGAAGCACCUCAGGGGGCAGCUGUCGACCAUAAUUUUUCCGCUCCUCUGUGACAGCGCAUCUUGCAAUCUGAGAACAUCUGCUGGUGCUGACUUCAUAAAUGACGCAAGCGAUGCAAACGAAGCGGUCAGCGUCAUCGAAAGGUGCGGCGAGAGCGUCAGCCUCGGCUCCACAACUGGGGGCUCGGUUUCCCCCUACUCCGUCCGGCCCGGUGGGACCGUGGGCGUCUUCUUCGGUACCCUGUAUGACUGGAACAGGACCUGAUCCAUGGUGGAGAGCUCCCAUGGUGGACGCCAUGGUCGGCAUGGGAAUGUUAUCGCCUUUUGCCGAAGUCAUAGAAGUCGGAGAUCAAGGGGUCGAGAGAUCUGAUGCAUCGCUAUCGAGGAGAGCAUCACGAGAGCUCACAAGCCGCAGGCAGAAAAUGGCUUCCCAACGCCAUUUGCCUUCAGGGCCAAGGUUUCCACCACCCUCGAGGAGGAAGAUGACUCCUUCAUCUUCCAUGCGGGAAAGGGAUUUUUCUCAAAGACCACUCAUGCCGCCUGGCUAUUCCCGGAUGCCAGGAAUGAUGCCUGGGAGGAGGCCUGGCAUGGCGUCUGGUAUGAUGCCUUCCGCCUACCCGGGCAUGGCUCCAGGAAUGCCUAUGAUGCCAGGAGCGCCUAUGAUACCGAUGAUGCCGGGCACCAUUCCCAUGCACCCCCAACAGGUGACGGCUCAGGCUGUGGCGCCCGGAGUUGUUACUUUGCAAGGCAUCGGCUCGCAGCCACGUGUCCUGACAGUGCCAAUGGGCGGAGGCGGCUCGAGAACCAGCGUCAUCCCGAUGCCGAUUCCGAUGCCGAUGCCACUGCCGAUGCCAUCGCCAGGCGGCGGUGGCGGCCAGGGCCCAGUCAUUUUGGCAGGCACGUCGCCUCCGGCUGCUCAGCAAGUGCUGUCGUACCCGGCACCCUAUUGCCACCAGCAUGCUCCUCCGCCUCAGCAACAGCCGCCCGUUAGUCCCUUGGCGGAGGCGGCGGCCGUUACGAUGAUGAUGCAGCAGAUGCGGUUGUUGCUGCAUCCGCCCUCACCGCGGGUACGACGCACAAGGCCGCCACCUUCACCACCUCCUCCACCUCCACCACCCCCUGCGCCGGCCCCGGCUCCUCCUGUCUUGCCUCCGGUGGUCGUCGAAAACGCACCUCCAGACGUGAUAGCCGCUCUGCAGGCGAUUCUCGCGCAACAGCAAGCCCAGGGUGCUGACGCACUUGGUCUCAAGAAGCCCGCCAAGGCAACCGGAAAAACGAAGAAAGGCGACAAGUCCAAAGGAGGCGGCAAGAAAUCGGAUAAAGCCGGUAAGGAAGAGGAGGGGGAUACUGAAGACGAUAAGGAAGAGAAAGAAGAAGAGAAGCGAGAAAAAGAGCAAAAAAAGGGAAAGAAAGAAGCGGUAAAGAAAGGAACAGGAAAACAGGAAGGGCCGGAAGCUAAGGCGGUCGAUCGCUCCGGUGGAUCUAGGUCUCAAGCAACACAGGAGGGAACGACCCAGGGUAAAGGGCCCGACUCCAACGCACCCGCUUUAAGUCUGUCUUUUCCAAGCACGACCGCGCUUGGAGAUCACCCACUGGUCACCGAAGACGUGACUGAGAUUGCGAGCCGUCCGUGCUACCUCGUCUACGCCUGCUAUGCCCUCUUCAUUAUCUUCCUUGUGUUCAUGGUUGUCUUGGCCUUGGUACCUACUCUGUUUCAGAGCUUGAAAGGGAUGGUCGGUCUCAAAGCUCGGCGAGCGGUGGAAUCAAGCCCUGCUGUCUCGAAUGAUACAAGCUCGUCUGAACCAGUAAUCGCCGAUGACGGUACAACCAUGAACCCGUUCUUCGACGUCACAGAAACCUUCGGCGAAGUGGGUGUCGGUGACAGUCUUCUAGAUUUCGAAUUGCCUUCUCCAGAGAGUUCACUUAACACUGCUGGGUUCGCCUUGGACUGGCUACUGGGCCUUGGUUUAACCCCCGGCGCUCAAGCUACGGCAUCGAGGAGGCAAUCUACACGCCGUCUGCUACCUUACUUCAACGAGCACGUGCUACUUAAAAAUGGUACAAGUUUACGCCUUAGGACAAGUUAUCGUGGGAACCUCAGCCUAAAUAUGGCGGACAGCCGGCAAUUCGACUUGCCGCUGGCUCUUGGCUUGGACAGCGACGGUAACACAGACGCCCCUGUCGAUCGUACGCUCAUCAAGGGUACUGAAAACGCCAGCGUCGAGUCAAACUCGACACACAGCUCCUCAGAAGCGAUGUUGUUGACUACAAAUUUGUCGGCGAACUCGUUCAGCAGACCUACCUUAGCAGUUCUCGGUUCUAGCGAAACGGCGAACUGGAAUUCUGAGACAGUCGAAGCUCGGACUCAGACGGUAGUGGACGAAUUCCCGAGCGAUUACGCUCAUCGAGAGAACUCGAAUAGGUCUCGUAUCUCAUGGCCGGACGAGGACGGACGUCCUCCUUUUCCUGAAUCUGCGUACGCCGAUUGGAUUUCUACCGAAUACCCGUCGCAUUCGAAGUUCCGGAACCUGACAACUCGCAAACGACGCCGCAAUGUGACUCUAAGCUUCUGGUUGCCGCAAAUACCAACGGUGGACGAUAGGAGGAUCCUCUUCUACAGAGUGCUUCGGGAAUCCGGCGCAAGACGUGAUUAACUUUCGCAGGAAUGAAAUGACGGCCAAAACUACGGGAUUUAGACCAACUUCGACGACUGGCACUGUUUGCGCGGUGACCCUUCUCAAACAACUUGAAGUGCGGUGUUUAUUCGUGUUUAUUUUUCAGAAGAAGCUUCCUCUCAAUCUUUUUUUUUUCUCGCCAUGCAAUAGCGUUAUUGCUCGGAUCACAAAAAACUGUUUGACUUCUUUUAUGCGCUCACAUUGAAGUUAGAUCCUCCUAAAAUGUACGAAUUCUCGCUUGUACGAACCUCAGUAUGCGCUUAAAGUUGUUGUCUCCUUAACUCUC